CGGAGGAGGAGGCGGAGGAGGACGGCAGGCGACUAGCACCACAGACCAGACGAGUGCUUCCACCAGACGCUUGAACGCGACCAGUCAGAGGAGGUUAUGAUCCAGAUCUCUGCUCCAGGACCCACAGAACUGCUCCUGCGGAAUGAUCCACACAUCUGCUCUACGAUCCAGACCUCUGCUCCUGCUUUAUUAUCCACAGAUCUCCGUUAACCGCUGGGGACAUGUAUGUCGCUGACUGGAUCGUCGUCUACGAGAUCCAAACUUCCCGCACCUCCCGAUCGAACUAAAGUGAACAUUGGAAAGUAGCGCGUGUUUUUUGCUCCUCUUUCUGAUAUAAGUUUCCCAGCACUCAGUCUCCGCUGUGCCAUCGUGGGUUCCCCGGAACGUCCCGAAGUGUGGCGAGAGGACUCGGAGAGCCCGAAACAAGAAAGUUUCCCACAACCUGGAAUAUAAAACCGAUUACAUCUUUUCUUUAAGAAGUAUAUUGCAUCUCUCGCCUGGCUGCAUCGUGUUCAUUAUUACAUGCCGCUGUGUUCUGCGGAAGAGCAUCGACAGUUAAGUGUCCUCCACAACAUGUCGCUGCAUGGACUUCAGCGCAUCGCGACUUCAACUUCCACGGGACGCAAUCCGGCGUUUCUAAUCCUCCGGGAUCAACGCGUUUAAACCAUCAGGCAGAAGCACCAGGACGGGGAUCAAACCGACGCCUCUGGAAGCGUGUGUACUUGGGUCUCUGGUCAGGUAGCCAACACGCAGAUUAAACAUUGAAUGCAUGCAUCAGGAUGAAAGCUACGCGUGCGUAUUAGUGAACAGUAGUAAACAUUAAACACAAAAAAGUGUUUGUUGCAAAGACUGUUGAGAUCGAGAGAUUACAAUGGCUCAGAUUUCGGAUCAUGGACUUAUUUAUGUGCUUCUGAGUACCGUUGUAUUUUGGAGCGGCGGGGGACGGGCCAUUAGCUCCUUAGACUCGGAUCGCUCUGGCGAGGGACGGUGUCAACACAUUAACAUCCCCCUGUGUAAGGACAUCGGCUACAACAUGACCCGUAUGCCCAAUCUAAUGGGCCACGAGGACCAAAAGGAAGCAGCCAUUGAGAUCCAAGAAUUCGCUACUUUGAUCGAGUUUGGCUGCCAUAGCCACCUGAGGUUUUUCCUGUGUUCACUGUAUGCGCCUAUGUGCACGGAGCAGGUGUCAACGCCUAUUGCAGCCUGUCGGGUCAUGUGUGAGCAGGUCAAACUCGGCUGCUCUCCCAUCCUGGAGAAAUUCAAAUACAGCUGGCCCGAAUCCCUCGACUGCUCCAGGCUGCCCACCAAAAACGACCCCAACAACCUCUGCAUGGAGGCCCCCAACAACGGCUCCGAGGAGCCCCCUAAGGUCUCCCACACCCAGUCGCCAGACCUCAGGCCUCAGCGGCCCCUCAACGGGCAGGAUUUCCCCCCCAAGGAGAGCAGCGCUGGGGGCGGCGGCGGCGGCAGCAAGGGCACCUGCAGCAACCCCAGCAAGUUCCACUACGUGGAGAAGAGCGACUCUUGCGCGCCGAAGUGCCAGCCCAAGGUGGACGUGUACUGGAGCCAGGGUGACAAGCGCUUCUCCCUGGUGUGGAUGGCGGUGUGGUCCAUCCUGUGUUUCGUCUCGAGCUCCUUCACCGUGCUCACCUUCCUCAUCGACCCGCAGCGCUUCAAGUACCCCGAGAGGCCGAUCAUCUUCAUGUCCAUGUCCUACUGCGUCUACUCGGUGGGCUACCUGGUCCGGCUGUUCGUGGGCGCCGAGCGCGUGGCCUGCGACCGGGACGGCGGCGUGCAGUACGUCAUCCAGGAGGGCCUGGAGUCCACGGGCUGCACCAUCGUGUUCCUCGUCCUUUACUACUUCGGCAUGGCCAGCUCACUGUGGUGGGUGAUCCUCACCCUCACCUGGUUCCUGGCCGCCGGGAAGAAGUGGGGCCACGAGGCCAUCGAGGCCAACAGCAGCUACUUCCACCUGGCGGCGUGGGCCAUCCCCGCCGUCAAGACCAUCAUCAUCCUGGUGAUGAGGAAGGUGGCCGGGGACGAGCUGACGGGCGUGUGCUACGUGGGCAGCAUGGACGUCAAGGCGCUGACGGCCUUCGUGCUCAUCCCGCUCUCCUGCUACCUGGUCAUCGGCACGUCCUUCCUGCUGUCGGGCUUCGUGGCGCUCUUCCACAUCCGCCGGGUGAUGAAGACGGAGGGCGAGAACACGGACAAGCUGGAGCAGCUGAUGGUGCGCAUCGGGGUGUUCUCGGUGCUGUACACGGUGCCCGCCACCUGCGUCAUCGCCUGCUACUUCUACGAGCGCCUCAACAUGGACUACUGGCGCGUGCUGGCGGACGAGCAGCGCUGCGGCGAGGUCGGCAUGGGCGGCGGCGGGGAGGAGUGCGUCAUGAAGGCCUCCCUCCCCGCCGUGGAGAUCUUCAUGGUGAAGGUGUUCAUGCUGCUGGUGGUGGGCAUCACCAGCGGCAUGUGGAUCUGGACCUCCAAGACCUUGCAGUCCUGGCAGAACGUGUUCAGCCGCAAGCUGAAGAAGCGCACGCGGAGGAAGGCGGCCAGCGUGUUCACCAGCAGCAGGCCCUACAUCAAGCCCCACCCCUCGCUCAAGGGCCACGCCGGCACCAAGUACGGGCCCACGCGGCCGCCGCCCACCUGCGUUUAAGCGGGCCGUGUUGUUUGGCCUUGAGACGAAGAAACGUGUACAAAAAGCUCUUAACUACAUGACACUUUUUAUUGUGAUUCAAAGUGCCCUCCUAAUAUCCUAAUAAAGGGGUUCAUGUUUUGUUGUUGCCGUGUUGACGUUGACGCAGUGUUGAUCUCUCUUUGGAUCUUCCGUCAUCGCGUGCGUUGACGGCUGCCUUCUCUUUGUGUGACACUGUGCCUGUACAGAUGCCGUGGAUUCACGGCUCCUGUUGAGGAAUUCUGGGAAUUUAAUCCAAAAAAUUAGUUUUGUUCCCAUAACAAAGCGGAACAGUGGGGUAUACCAUGUGGACGUGCCAUGGGGAUGCUUUAACAUUGUGCAAUAUGUAUAGGAGGAUUA